AUGAGCGUGAUUGACAUCCUGACGCGGGUCGACGCGAUCUGCAAGAAGUACGACAAAUACGAUGUCGAAAAACAGAGGGAUCUCAAUGUCUCUGGCGACGAUGCCUUUGCCCGCCUCUUCACUGACGUUGAGAACGAUAUCGAAGCCGCCCUCCAGGUAAGGGUCUACUACUACCGUUCUUAGGGGAUCUGCUGCGCGCCUCACAUUCCCAUCUUCCCCCCCUGUUCUUGCCUACUUUGCCUUACAUUGGUCACCUUUUCUGCGCGCUAAUUUAGCUUCCAAUUCUGGUCCGUCACUUAAGAAAGCAGAUCAGGCAUCCAAGGAGAAAAACCGGGCAUCUGUUGUUGCGUUGAACGCCGAGAUCCGGCGGACCAAGGCCCGCUUGCUCGAGGAGGUCCCCAAGUUGCAAAGGCUUGCCCUUAAAAAGGUUGGCAUUACUUUCAGCAGCAUUUUCCCACAUUGUUUGGUAUAAUGUUGAGAUGAAGGGCAUGAGGAUAUCCAAGAAUGUGUUACAUGUUGUGAUGCUUAAUUUUAUUCUUCUCUUAGCUAUUACAUUUUCCCUAGUCAUCGCUUCCUUCUGCUCUUGGGCGUAGACACAUUGGAGCAGGGACCUAACUUUGAUCCUAGUACCAUUAUCUUCCUCUAGGGAAUUUUUUGUGUAUAAAACUAUGAAUCGAAAAAAAAUUCUGCUUAUUUAAGAUGAAAAUAUCAUACCCUUGAUUGAAUUUCAAAAUCAUAAUUGCAUGUCCUGUCUGACCCUUCAAUGUGGAACAAUGUUAUUUGUUGAAUCAUAAUUGCUGUAUGCAUUUCUAUUCUUUAUUUAUUAACUACCAUUUUCUUUCAACAACAUUGAAGCUUACUCUUUCUUUUUGCUUGGUGGACCGUCUUCCUUACACAAUCUAGAUUUCAUGCACCGCUUAAGUUGCGAGGAUCUUGUUUCUCUGAGUUUUUGAUUUCUUGGUAGCUCAUUUUGACUCCGACCAGAACGGAGGUUUCGAUUACCUUUAAGGAUGUUACUCGACCUUUGUUUUUUAAUGCUAAACAUGUUGUUUGUGAUGAUCUGCUACAUCAUAUGCGGUUAUGGGUCCUUGGCCGGAUAAAUCAUACUUUACUUCAACUUGUCUAUGGCUUUCCUGGACAUCUUACAAAUCCUUUAAUUUCCAUCCUUUUGAAACCACUGUGAUUCGUUCAACUAGAUUUCUUAUCAAUAUUAUUCCCCUGAACUCAUCGGUCUGUGUUUCAUAGCCUAGGAUUCGGUUGGAAUAAACCAUUAUGCAUGGAUUCAACAUAGCAGAUCUAUUGUGCUACUCUCUUGUAUGUGGUCUUGAUCAUUGCUUAUAAUGAUGAUAUGUCGGUUAAACUUUAUCAUACUAAAAGAUGAUGCCCGAGGUCAGAAGAUAGAAAAGGACUGCGCCAACGAAGGAAGAGGAUGUAGAUGUUGAAUUAUUGGUCCAAUUCUUCUCGCUCGAGAUGUCUCCACACAGUAAAUGGUCACUUGGAUAGGAAUCUUGGUAGCGGGUAUAGAGAAAAAAUAUGUAUUCUUGUUUGGUUCCUAAAGCUUAUUGUAGUUUACUGUGAUAUGUCUUUUUUAGCAUGGUGUAUGAGGUCCACAGUAAUGUGUAAUGAUUUUUAGGUGGUGGGAAUUCCAAAAGAAGAGCUAGCUGCACGCAAUGAUUUAGUCCUCGCUCUUCCGGAAAGGAUUCAAGCGAUACCAGAUGGCACUGCGACUGCCGCAAAAAAAACUAGUAGCUCAACUGUUUCUCGCAUGGGCUUGAAAAUUGACUCAACAUCAGGUAAUUGUUUUCGAAACUUUGAAUUUUCCUUAAAAACGAAAAUGUAAACUGAAUGCAUUAGUUUCUAUUUUCUUAUCAAGUUUUUUUGCCAUUGUGUUUCAAUUGAAGGACAUAUAUUCUCUUUCAUUCUCGAUUUUCUGGCUAACAUGUUCAGAAUUGAAUUAUAUUAAUGAAUUGAUUAUUUUGUAUAAGAUUCUUAGAUAGCACGUUCAAAAAAAUUAAACAUAACCACUUUGUUCUAUUGUCUUGGAUUCUUUUCCUUAUCUAAGUCGGUUGAUGCUUGCAACAAUUGAAUGAGAAACUAUUAUUUGUCCGUGAGGACUGAAGGAUGCAUUCUGACUUCUGUGCUUAUUGGUGGGCACUGUUCAUUUUUUUGCCAUGCAUUUGCAGGAGUCUGAAAGGGUUGUGAAGCUUUACGUAGUGAUGUGAGCAUUUCAAUCACCAAUUUCUGACAUAGCCAAUCCCAUUACUGGAACAUCGUCAUUGAGCAUACCUUUUGUUGAGGAAUCAUCUUCAUUGGGGAAUUUUUUUGAACCAAAAUAAUUGUUGUGGCAUCCCUUGGUUUUAAUUAUCCGAAAUCUUGGUGUGGUCGGUACUCAAAAUUCGUGUAAAUGGAAGAUCCACCAAGAAACUUUGGAGCUAAACUAAUAUGAAUGGAGUCAGUAGGUGGAUGGGUAAGACUGUGCAUGUUAUAACAAGUCAGUCGACAGAUUAUCAAUUCUUCCAUGACCAGUGGAGCAUCAGAAAAAGAGUGGAAAGACGUGGAGCUCUGCAAUAAGAAUACUGCUUUCCUUCAUGACCCGUAAGUUUGAAAACAAAACUAAUAAGGGGUGCGAAAUUAUAAAUUAGAGCCACUUGGGUCAUUGGAUACCUUAGGACUCAGUUUACAUUUAUUCUUCAGUACAUGAACGCUUACAAUGAUGGAAAAUGUUUUGAAGUAGUUUUUAGUCAUUGGUUCCUCAGUAGAAAUGCAUGUAAUCGGUUUUUUCUUCAUUAACUAUCUGAUAUGUUCGUGUGUUUUAAGGACUUCAUAUGAUAUUUUUCCAAAGAAUCAUCUUCAUAAUUUUUAUAAGUACAUUAUAAUAUUUUUGUUCAUAUGCUAUCUUUAUUUAACAUUGAUUUGGGAAGUGGCUGUCCCAAAUCGAUUUUUAGCGCUACAAGUUGGUCUAUGUCCGGAUUAGGUAUUGUUUAAAAGCUCCUCAUCUUUACUUGGCCUAUGUUCUAUCUGAUAUUUGAAUCUAUACUUGAUUACAGACAGUUCACCUAUGAAGCAGACAGUGAAUAGCUUUGAGUCGCCCAAAGUGGAGAGAACUUUUCUGCAUACGCACUUGUUUUUCAUGUGCCUCGUCCUAGAAUGUGAUCUGUUGUUAUACCUCCAUAUGUGGACUUUAAUUCAGUGUUGUUGCAUGCGUAAUGUCAUCAAUAAAAUAUUUGGAAACUGCACGAUUAGACUGAAUCAUUUGUUCAAUCUUGAUAUAGUUUCGCCAUAAAGUCUGCCCCAAAUGUGUUUGAGAGUGGUCAAUUCGAAUAUCGAUGCUUUGGAACGAGACAUUAAUGUAGAGCACAUUGGAUUUAACUUUUCCCCUCCAAUAUAUUGCAGAUGGUCGGUUUGAGAGUGAGUACUUUGAGCAAACAGAACAGUCAAGUCAAUUCAGACAAGAAUAUGAAAUGCGCAAAAUAAAACAGGCAAGUAUUAUUUAAAAGGAUUGUACAUGACUAUAUUGCAUGUUGUGGAAUAUCCAAUCGCAUUUCAUUUCUCCCCCUCAUAUUUAGAUUGCUCUGUGCGAUUAACACAUAAGUCCAGUGAAAUAUAAAAGCCGAAAAAGAAAUGGUUCCCUAAGGAUUGCAUCUUUAUAUAUGUCACUAUAAUUAUAAGGGAAAUGAAAAGAGAGUAGCUCGAGAACAAAUCUACCUUCUUUUCAGUCUAGGCCAUACAAAUGGUGGAUUUCCAUUCCUAGUAUAUAUUAUAAAGUUUUUUUGUUUUAGAAUAUGAUGAUUAAAUAUUCUCUACCUUGGACACUUUUAAAAAUCAGCAAAGCAUGCCCAGAAGUCAUUCGCCCCUGCUAGAGGUUAAACCAAACCAAAGGAAUCCUCAAUAAACUCCGCAUAAUAGUUACAAUUUCUGUAAUAAAUAUUGCUCUGGCGCUUGCCAUAUCAUAUAUCUCCUAUUCCGUAUUCCCUCUUUCCACUGUACCGUUGUCCUCAGGUGUUGUGCACGGAUAGUUUAGUCUUCCUUGAUACCCUAUUCUAGGGUCUGCUCGGUUGUAGGAAGUUCCUCUCAUGAACAGCUCCCAGAAUUAGGUUUUCGUGAAAAUCCUUAUUGUUCGUCAAUGUUUGUCUACAUAUUGUCUUCAGUCCCCCUUAUUGAGCGACGGAGAUGCUGGGUCAGUUUCAGCAAUCUUCAUGAGGCCAACUAUUUCUGCAGUGGGGGAGAGCAUAAGUCCAGUGACAAAAUUCAUUUCCUCUCUUGCAGAACACUCGAGUUUGAGAUGAAAAAAUCAGGAAUAAUUCAAAGAACUGAAAAAGAGGAGAGAUAAGGUGUGUAAUAAACAUUAAAAUUUUGUAGCUGUGAUGUUUUUUGUGGUACAGACUGGUUUCCAACUCUUUAAGGACUAAAGGAAUCCGUUGAUCACUCUAUUCUUUUCCUAAUGUAACUUGCUCUACUCUUGGUCGUGUUCUGGAAAGAAAUCCAUGGUUCAAAGCAAGUUGGAUCCAACUUGUCAUUUGCAUACUAGUUUUUGGUUGUAUGCUCUGAGCUUCAAUGCCCUUGGCUACGCUUGGUUUAUUAGACAACCAAGUCAGGUACUGUUGUUUGAAGCAAUAGGGGAAGCAAAGAGCAUCUGUUCAUUCGAGUCAAAUUAACGUAACAGGAAAUCAAAAGCAUUUGUUCUGGGAGAAAGUUUCCCUAAUAAAUAUGAGUUAAAUUAAUUGUAACAUUUUCUUCGUAAAUAAGAAUUUAUUUUAGGUAGUUUUAGUUGUUAAUGGUGUUUCUCAUAAGAAAAGGCAAUCCUCUGUUUACAGGACCAAGGUUUAGAUGCUAUUGCAGAAGGACUGGACACCCUGAAAAAUAUGGCUCAUGACAUGAAUGAGGUUAGUUUUUUGUGGUAUGCUGUUCAUUGUGGAGUCAAAUGAUAACCCUACUCCUCUUCACUGUCUUUUUUUCAGGAACUGGACAGACAAGUUCCUUUGAUGGACGAGAUUGACACCAAGGUCAUUUUUUUCCUUUUCUCCUUGUCUUUUUUUUUUCUUUUAUCAUGUUUUCAACUAUGAACAUAGAAUUCGUAGAAAAAAUUGUGCAGUCAGAUUGUAAUGAUUGUUUUUCUUGCAGGUGGAUAAGGCAGCUUCUGAUCUAAAGAAUACCAAUGUCAGACUUAAAGAGACUGUUAACCAGGUACCAAAUCAGUAAAAAAAGGCUCCAAAUUACAAUUGUAACAUCUUUUGGCGUGUUCUAAUAAUUAAAACUCUCUUUUCCAGCUAAGAUCCAGUCGCAACUUUUGCAUCGACAUUAUACUGUUGUGUAUUAUUCUGGGAAUCGCCGCAUAUCUGUACAAGUAAGUUAUGGCUUGACUUUGCCUUAUUUUUAAUGAGUUUUGUUUGAAAAGGUAG